AUGAACUCCUCGGCGAAAAGUUGUUCCAAUCGCUUUUCUCGGAACGAGGCACUUAUGAUUGUGCGGAUAAGUGCACAUGCAAUUCUGGCAGUUGCAGCCAUUUUUGGCAGCUACCUCGUGAUUAGAGACUUUCAAAAAUUUGAAAAUCUUCAAAGGGCGUCCAACAUAAUCCUGGUGAGUUUGUCUGUCGCUGACUGCCUACUAGCUAUUCCGUUCAUUUUGGACAUCACGCACAUGUUUCUGAAACUAAGUUCAAGUGUGAAACAGAGUCAACAAGCUUUGUGUAUAUGGAGCGCAAGUUAA